AUGUUUUCCAGAGGCGGUUCGGGCGUCUCGGAGGCCGGAAUCGGGGUCAAGUACGGGCCAGCGCCUGCGGAGGGGUCCUUCGGGAGCAACUCCCAGGGCCUGGAGGGGGCUGUAGGCGAGGAUCUGGAGGGUUUAGAAGGCAGCAAACUCCUCAUGUUUCCCCGCAGGUGGCGAAGGAGCCGCCCAGAGCUCUCUUCGCUCAUUUUGGGCCUCGUUGGAGUUGUGCUCUUCGCCAGUUUUACUCGGAGGGCCCUCCGGGCUGCAGCGCGAAGUGACCUGGGGGCCCCCGCGCGUGCCUUCGCUUCGGGGCCCCCCGCGCUGCUGCCCGCGCUGCGGCGCGCUGCGCUGCAGCCGCCUCCGCAGCAGCGGCGGGCGGGCGCCGCGCCGCUGCCGCUGCCGCCGCCGCCGCCGCAGCAGCAGCAGCAGCAGCAGCAGCAGCAGGCGCCCCCGGCGCGGCCCGCGGAGUUCUCCCCUCUCCGCAAGUUCGAGAGCUGGCUGUCUCCUUUGCUGCACAACGAAAGGGCCCUUUUGGCGGCCUGGAGGCCCCGCGAGCCCCUCCAUGACCAGUGGUCACACCAGCGGGCCCGGGCGGUGGCCCUGGCCCUGUCCAACGGCCAGGCGACUUCUCUGGAGGGCCUGGUUCUCACGCUGGACCCGGAGGGCCCCCCGGGGGGGCCCCCGGGGGGCCCCCAGGGCGGCCCCGCGCGGGGCCCCCCGGGGGGCCCCCUGGGGAGGAGGGGCCCCCGCGGGAAGGGGGGGGGCCCCCGGGAGCUGCGGGUGGUGAAGGUGUUGGGGUCGAACAACCGGCUGCUGGUGUUUUGGGGACAAGACGUGGAAAGUAAUGAAGAGUUUGCUGUUGAAGUUCCCGUAAUAAGUGAAGCUCGUUUGUUGAACUUCGACUCUGAAGAAGAGUUGGUGGGGACGGCGCUGGCGCGGAUAGAAGACGAAGCAGCAGCAGCGCAGGCGCGGGGCAGCAGCAGCAGCAGCGCAGCAGCAGCAGACAGGGGCCUCCUGGUGCCCCUGCAGCGCGCACGAGUGCGGGGGGCCCCCCCCUUCGCCAACUUGGAAGGGUUUUAUGUUUUCAACAAGUUGAGUUUGACGGAGAGGCCCCUGGGGACUCUGGGCGAGCUGCGGAGCCAGGCCCGCGGCACUUUUGCUGCUGCAGCAAACUACAUUGCGCGGCGGCUGCUGCACAUCGUGCUGCUGCUGGAGCGCAGCAAAGUGGGCCACGCAAACCUCCAGUGGAACAGCUUUUUCCUGCGCAAAGACGGGACUUUUGUCUUGGGAGAUUUGCGCAGCAGCGCAGCUUUUGGAGAGCCAGUGAGCCACUUGAUGGGGGCCAUAUCUGAGGCUUUGGAGCCCGAGCUGGCGCUCGAAGUUGCUGCAGCAAAGCCCAUUUUGCUGCAGCAAACCACCAACUUGUGGGGCCUCGGGCUGCUGCUCUUCGACCUCUUCACCGGCAGCAGCAAGCCCUACGGCGAGGGCGAGGGCCGCGGCUGGCUGGGGCGGGCUUCGCGCCUGGCCCGCAAGCUCCUCGCCGACGACGCAGCAGCAGCAGCAGCAGCAGCAGCAGCGCAGCAGCAGCUGCAGCAGGCCCAAGUCCCCCUCAGGUGGCAGCAGCUCAUCCUCCGCCUCCUCCACCCCCAACGCGCCCAGCGCAUUCGCGCGGCCGAAAUCGCCGAAGAGUUCCCAGACCUCCUCAGCCCCGCAACCGACUGA